AAACAGAACGCAAAAACGGCGAUAACAGCUAAACCGGGGCCGUGGCCGCUCUCAUUCUUUUCUCUGCUGAUGAUACAAGGUGUGCGAUUUGGAGUCACACCUGCACUCUGCACCAAACCAAAGUGUGCGAUUUUGCUGUGUGCCGCUGUCAAGUCGGUCAAGUCAAUGGCAUAUGCGGAAUUCGUUGGUUGCUCGAGUUUAAUGAUAACGCAUUUGUAAACAGUACAAUUAAAUAUAAAAAAAAAAAAAAACAAAAUAAUGUUUGAUUAACGUCAAGUCAGUUACACUCCAAGGUCGAAAGGGGCGACUGAAAACAUCUCGAAGAGAUCGUUGAAGCAUUUGUUACGGCGAAAACAAAGUUGCAGGUUACCCGCAUCUCGUAUCAUGGCACAAUCAACAACAAGUGGAACCUCAUCGCGACGAUAUAUGAGGGAACAUGAAGUGCCAACCACCUCGUCGCGUUACAUGGACAGCGAAUGGGAGUCCAAGGAGGCUUUACGACAGAGAGAACUCGAAGAGGCGAGAGCACGGGCGGCGCAAAUGGAAAAAACAAUGCGAUGGUGGUCGGAUUGUACCGCUAAUUGGCGCGAGAAAUGGAGCAAAGUUCGGAAUGAGAGGAACGAGGCAAGAGAGGAGAUAAAGUCUCUCAAAGCGAAAUUAGAGAUUGCGAUCAAGGACGCUAAUACUUUCAAGUACGAAUCUCAAGAACUGGAAGUGCAGAAUGAACAAUUGAAGAAAGAGAUGGAGAAGAUACACAUGAUCCUCUUGAAACAUGCCGGACAAUUUGACCAGCAAAUUUUUAUCAUGUUGGAAUCCGAUCCGCAAUUGAGAUCAACAUUUGGUCUGGACGAUCAGUUGGAGUUUUAUAACAAUGUCGAAUCCAAUGACGCACUGAAUGCGCAAAAGUUAUCAUGUGAGACUUCGCGCGAAGCGUCGAAUGUCGCCUCCGGAAGUCACAAUCUCUUGCCAGAAAGGGAUAUAGAGGAGUAUGUCUUGCAAGGUGCAGUGCCAAAACACGCGGUAGAAUUGUAUAAAGACAUUCCUGUAGGUAAAAACAACACAAAACUAGUCGUAGAUCAUAACAUCAGAAAUGAUGUGUUAGAGAAGCAGCAAUCCCCAUUAGAUAUUUAUACUGAAGAAUGUUUGACAGAAAAAAUGUCGAUGUUGCAACUCAAAUUGGAAGAGGCGACAAAAACUAUCUCUGUAGAAAGAGAGGAAAAAGAUUCUUUGCAUCGUACUGUGGAAAAGUUAAAAGCUGAAGUUAAGCAGUUGAGAGAGCAGUGCGAGAAAUUAUCAGACAGUAGAGCGGAUGCGAUGAGAGAAUUGUCGGAAUUAAAAGAACGGUUUCAGCUUGAGCUUAGCGAGGAGUGUAUAAAAGAUCUGAUAAAUGAUACGAAUAACGGUGAGAGCAUGGAUCGUCGUUUGAACGAAUUGAGAACCGAACUCGAGAGACUUCAGGAUGAAAAUGCGGCCGAAUGGGACAAAAGAGAGAAAUUAGAGACUGAGAAGUUUGGUUUGGAACGAGAGAACAAGAUGCUUCGCUUGAAAAUACAAGAGUUGCAAGAAAAACUAGAAUCCAGACGAUCACGUCCAGCGUCCACGGUGGACGCAGACACGAAACAGCUACAACAUGAAAUUCUAAUUCGCAACAUGGUAUUGCUCGAAAUCAAGCAGUAUCAGGCGUCGUUGAAGCAAUCCUUGGCAGAGAAAACGACGGAAUUGUCGCAUGCGACGAGACGGUCCGAUCAGUACGAGGCAGAAGUGAAGCGAGUGAGAGCGAGAGUCGAGGAAUUGAAGAAGGAGUUGGCCGCCGCUCAAAACGAGGUUGAUUCGGCUACGAACAACGUACGAAAGUUGCAACGUGCUAAUGAGGAUCUCAUGGAGCAAUUGGAGUCCGCGAACGUACAAUUGGAACAUUUUAGAAAUAGCAACAACGACACGGCCGUGGCGGACGGUGAAAUAGACGGAGCGGGAGAAGAAAAAUUUCAAGUUACCAAUCCUGAUGAAUAUGCCGAGAUAUACGACCAGCAACAAGCCUAGUAUUCGUUCGUGCGAACGGCAAUUGCAUGUUUGAGCCAAGUAACGAAGAUGCAAAUCGGAUAAGCGAUACUCUAAGUGGCCUAAAAAAAGUGCAGAGUAUAAUGACGAUUCUUCGUUUUUUGUUUUAACGUUUGACUCUCUUCGUGGACGCGAUGCUCCGCAAAAAAACAACAUUGUAAGUAUUGAGUAACUUCUGUGAGCCGUACGCGUCCGCCGCGAUGUUUAACGGCAAGCAUAAAAAAAAAAAAAAAAAAAAAAAAAAACAUGACUGUACUUCCAGUAGCGUGUAUGUGUAUAGAUGAAUGUAUAUAGAUAAAUAGUGGCAUAUUGAUGUAAUAUGCAAUUGCUCGUCGGUGUGAGCAGUCAUUUGUAUCGCAGUAUUUACUGCUCAGCAAUUAAUUUAACUCAUGACACAUUGUGUUCAUUUUUUUUGUAAAUACUUUUGUAUCGUCGCGUAUGUUUUUGUUUUUUUUUACUUCGAAUUGUGAAUAUGAUUUCUUUUCUUAUCGCGCGCAUUUUUUAUAAACAAUUUUACAUUCCGCGUCGUUAUAUAUUCCGUACGAUCGUAUGGUUUUUUUUAUAUAUAUAUACACAUCCGAUGUAAAGUAUUGUACAUACAUUCACAUAAAAUAUAUAUAUAUAUAUCACACACACGAAUGUGACUGUACGUUUCGUCAUCUCGAAAAAGACUGGGCGAAGUGGAGACUAGCGAAUACAAUAUGUACAAGAUACGAUACCUGAUAUUUAUAAUUGAGCCUUUUACGUCAAUAUCGAAAAAAUCUAACGUAGCGCGUAAGUUGAAACACAUUCUAUUUACAUAUACGUAUUUGCGAGUAAUACCGUUGUCGCAGAUGUACUGAUAGUUAGUGAGGGUAUAGAUAGACGUAAAAAAUUUCAAACAAAUACCAUUAUAUAUUGUAUCACGAGAUCAUCUACAAUGAACUUUG